UUUUUUUUUUUCCCUUUUAUCACUAAAUAACUUUUAUCAACAAUGGGUAAGGAGAAGACUCACGUUAACGUUGUCGUCAUUGGUCACGUCGAUUCUGGUAAAUCCACUACUACCGGUCACUUGAUUUACAAGUGUGGUGGUAUUGAUAAGCGUACCAUUGAAAAGUUUGAAAAGGAAGCCGCCGAACUCGGUAAGGGUUCCUUCAAGUACGCUUGGGUCCUUGAUAAGCUUAAGGCCGAACGUGAACGUGGUAUCACCAUUGAUAUUGCUCUCUGGAAGUUCGAAACCCCCAAGUACCACGUUACCGUCAUUGACGCUCCUGGUCAUCGUGAUUUCAUCAAGAACAUGAUUACUGGUACUUCUCAAGCCGAUUGUGGUAUUCUUAUUAUCGCUGCCGGUACUGGUGAAUUCGAAGCUGGUAUCUCCAAGGAUGGUCAAACCCGUGAACACGCUCUUCUUGCCUUCACCCUUGGUGUCCGUCAAUUGAUUGUUGCUAUCAACAAGAUGGAUACUACCAAGUGGUCCGAAGCUCGUUAUAACGAAAUCGUCAAGGAAGUCUCUUCCUUCAUCAAGAAGAUCGGUUUCAACCCCAAGUCUGUUCCCUUCGUCCCCAUCUCUGGCUGGCACGGUGAUAACAUGUUGGAUGAAUCCAACAACAUGCCCUGGUUCAAGGGAUGGACCAAGGAAACCAAGGCCGGUUCCAAGACCGGUAAGACUCUCCUUGAAGCCAUUGAUGCUAUUGAUCCUCCUACUCGUCCCGUUGAUAAGCCUCUCCGUCUUCCUCUUCAAGAUGUCUACAAGAUCGGUGGUAUUGGUACUGUCCCCGUCGGUCGUGUCGAAACUGGUGUCAUCAAGGCCGGUAUGGUUGUCACUUUCGCUCCCGCUAACGUCACCACUGAAGUUAAGUCCGUCGAAAUGCAUCACGAAACCCUCACUGAAGGUCUUCCCGGUGACAACGUCGGUUUCAACGUCAAGAACGUUUCCGUCAAGGAUAUCCGUCGUGGUAACGUCUGUUCUGACUCCAAGAAUGACCCUGCUAAGGAAUCUGGUUCCUUCACCGCUCAAGUCAUUAUCUUGAACCACCCUGGUCAAAUCUCUGCUGGUUACGCUCCUGUCCUCGAUUGUCACACUGCUCACAUUGCUUGUAAGUUCGCUGAACUCGUCGAAAAGAUCGAUCGUCGUUCCGGUAAGAAGCUUGAAGAUGCUCCCAAGUUCGUCAAGUCCGGUGACUCCGCUAUCGUCAAGAUGAUUCCCUCCAAGCCCAUGUGUGUUGAAGCUUACACUGACUAUCCUCCUCUUGGUCGUUUCGCUGUCCGUGAUAUGCGUCAAACCGUCGCUGUCGGUGUCAUCAAGGCUGUUGAAAAGGUCGAUAAGGCCGGUAAGGUCACCAAGGCCGCUACCAAGGCUGGUAAGAAAUAAAUUUCCCCACCUUGAUCUUGAACUAUAUUAGCAUAUAUAUAUUAUCUAUACAACACAUCUGAUGUUUAUAAUGUAAAAAGAAAAGUCCUUUUGUUUACGGGUACUUUUGGUCUAAUGAAUUUUUUUUUUUUAAAAAAAACAUAAUAAAAAUCCCUUAAAAAUAAUGUUGGCGCGUUU